AUGUAUAGGUCUACGAGCCUUAUAGCUCGACACUGUGCUCGUGCUCUGUCGAAUUCAAAAUAUCUUGCUUUUUUCAGGCUAUACUCCCAGAAUCAGAAGAAGUUCAACUCCAUCGAAGAGUUCAACAAAAGCAAGACCCACUACCGGUUUGGCGACAACUUCAAAAGUUUGGAUGAAAUCGACUCCGAAAUCAACCCCAAAUUUGAAGAAGAACAUAACUCAUCUAAAUACCAUCUGAAAAUCGACAGAAGAUUCCAGAACGAAGAUGCAGACGAAUCUAACGAUAUCAAUGCCAUCAUUGAAAGCGAUCCCCGUUUGGCCAAUCUCAAGCCAGGAAGUCCCGAAUACAAGGAACAGCUUCAUAUUGUCCAUCAGGACUUCCAGAAGCGCCAGAAGGAACAGAGAAAGAAGUUUGAGUUUACGGAGAGAAUGAAAGGUGUAGGUAUAGGAAUAGGAGCCUUGAUCAUAAUCAUAGGAGGACAUCGGCUCUUCAUGAACCGAGAAUAUGUGAAAACCUCCUUACUUGCCGAUAUCACAUACAAAAUCGAAGACUCUAAAGCCAAGGACAUGAAGGAUCCUACUAAAAAUACCAAAAACAUCAAUUACCUUGUAAAUAAAAUGACUGAGGAAAUCACCGACGACAUGGUUUCUGGUCUCAAAGAUUCACAUAGUGAGGCAGGACUUUACAUGUUUGGUUCUCACAAUAAGCUGAAGUUUCCCUCCAGAGUCAACUUCUUCGAUGGUCAAUUGCUUGCUGAUGUCAAGAUUGCUAAAGAUUUGUUGGUUGUAGUAAAUGAGAAAGGCCAGGUAUUCCAGUCUUGUCCAGCGCUCAAGGAGCCAAAGUUGUGCAAGUUGCCCUUCAAAGCUGCUCUGUGCCAAAUCUCUAGCAAGUACGUCUAUGUAUUGUCCAGUAAGGGAGAAGUUGCCUAUUUGCCUAGAGUGGAUAAAGAAGUAGAGUUCAAAGGUUCUAAAUCUAGAAACUGGUUAGGUAUUUCCCAAGUCAACAACUUUAAAAUGCUUGACUUGACAGAAAAGAUCCGCCAAAUCUCAACUGGAAAGUCACAUCUUUUGCUUCUUGGAGAAUCUGGUAAGUUGUAUGUGGCUAGUACUGAUAGAAAUGGAAAGAACUACGGCCAGUAUGGAUUGCCUUUGUUGUCACCCUUGUCCGAAUCCAAAGAGGUUCCAGAAGACAAGGUCUACGAGUUGACAAACUUGAACCAUGAGGUCCACAUAAACAAGGAUGGUUCAAAACAGGUCUACUCCAGAAAGUUCACCAGCAUUGCUGCUGGAUCCUACCACAGUAUCGCAUCAGAUUCACAUAACAACAUCUGGACAUGGGGAAGAAACUCUUAUGGAGAAUGUGGAAUUGAGAUGAACUACAGGACUGACUUCCAGCCGAUUCCCAAGAGAGUAUUUGCGGCUGAAGACUUUAAGAGAAUCGCCAGAAACGUAGUUGACAAGGCUGUAGACUCCAACAACUUUACUGUAACCAAGGUCGAUGCCGGCAGCGAAACUUCAUAUAUUCAGCUUAAAUAUUUGGAUCCAGUAGAUGCUUCUAAGGAUCAGCAAAUUCUUUUGAGUUUUGGCAAUGGGCUCAAAGGUCAAUUGGGUGGUAACAGAUACUUGCACGUCUGUGCCCAACCUCAGAUCAUCAAAACCUUGCUUAACUUGUCGGAAUAUAGUGAAGAACGUAACCAGGUGGCCAAUAUCGGCAUCAAGGAUAUUAGUAUUGGAUCAAAUCAUGCGUUCGUAACAUUGGAAAACGAAGGUAAGUACAAAGAUGUUAUGGUAUUUGGAGACAACGAAGCUGGUCAGUUUGGUAAUGGUAAGGCUGUGAAGAGCUCCAAACCGGUGCAAUUGCCCAAGUUGGUGGAACCACAAGACAUAGAUUCUGGCAACGAUAAGGUUGCUUCUAAGAAGAAGUUGGCUGCGAAGGUGAAUGAUAUCAACAAUGGAAGAUUACAGAUAUUGCACAACCAUCAGUUACCGAACGGAUCUGCUAUUGAACAGGUUGUGGUUGCUGGUGACCAAGCGUCGGCCAUCUUCUACAGACGUGUAUAAAUUGUAUAUAUGAAUAGCUGAACUACAUUCUAAAUAAAUUCUUAUAAAGAUC